UUGAUUACUUCUACCAACCGUCUGAAUCGCGGAAGUUUCCUGCGUUUUCUGCCCCUUUCUCUUCUUCGUCUUCAUUCCUCUCUCUCUCUCUCUCUCAUUUUUCUAGGGUUCCUUACUUCACCUUAUAAUCUCCGUCUUCUCUACCCAAACAUUUCUCUCUCUCUCUCUCUCUCUCUCUGGAGUCUUGAUCACUGUAAAAAUGGCGGAUUUGGUAUCCUCAAUCGACAAUCCUCUGAUGAUUUCGAAGACGCAUGUAGUAUCUGUCUCGAGCCUUUCAACUCCCAAGAUCCUCCCACUGUCACCAACUGUAGACAUGAGUAUCAUCUCCAGUGUAUUCUUGAAUGGUCACAAAGAAGCAAAGAGUGCCCUAUAUGUUGGCAGCUUCUUGUCUUGAAGGACCCUUCCAGUCAAGAGCUUUUAGCUGCAGUGGAGAAUGAAAGGAAUUUGAGGUCAAGGCGCAAUGCUCGCCAUAUCCGUGAGGACUAUGAAAUGAAUAUUGCUAAUUCUUAUGGAGAUGAUUCAGAUUUCAAUGAGCGUAUUAUGAGGCAUUUUGCUGCUGCAGCACGCAGAGCUCGUUAUGUUGAGAGAAGGGAAAGGCCGAGAUCUUCUGGUAUUGGUCCUCCGCUGGUUCUGCUCUCUGUUCCUACUGGAGAUCUACCUCUACCUGAUGUGCAGCAUUUGCGCACAACAUCACCAGAAGAACGCCAAACUUCCAGUUAUGAGUUUUCGGAGGGUGAUUCACCAACAUUUAGCACUCUAAGGUCUGUGGUUCCAGAGGUUGUGAAUGUGGAACCCAACUCUGUUGGCAACAGAGACCGUUGCAAUAAACCCAGAGUCCUUUGCAGCUCCGAAAGUCCACAAAGACCAAGCUCAUCUGAAUUUCUUGCUUUCUUGGAGUCUGUUAAAUUGAAAUUUUCUGCAGCUUCUGCCAGAUAUAAGGAAUCAAUCUCAAAAAGUACCCGAGGAUUUAAAGAGAAGCUACUUGCGCACAAUAUCUCAGUCAGAGAAUUAGCAAGAUGAGUUCAACGUGAGAUGAAUGCAGGUAUUGCUGGUGUUGCACAAAUGAUUGAGCGCCUUGAUCUUCCCUCAAAACGGACCGGAAUUUCUGUUCCUUUAUCCAGUUGCUCAACCUCAAACUUCUCGUAUAAAGGAAAAGACACUCAAGAGAGUGUAAUUACUCAGUCUCCCAAUGAAAAUGCUGGGGAAAGUGUGCAUGAUAUGAGUUCACCUGAAUCCCCUCGUGGUCACAGUACCUUCCCAAGUGAAUUGGAUAUUUCUCUCGUUCAGGUUUGUUAAGUUUACUCUUUAAAUCAUCUUCUCAAUAAACCAUUUUACUCAAGUUUUGUUAACAAGCCAUUGUCUUAGUUGGGAGCUGAUUCCUUCAUUCCUUUCCUAAUUUUCUUUUUGCCAUUUUGGUCCAUCAAUUUGUUUGUGUAGAACUAGUAUGAAAUGCUCCAUGUUAUAGAAAUGACGGCUGCAUAAGAUUUGAAAGCUCACCAUAAGCAUAGCUUAUUUUCUUGCUAUUUCCUCAUGUCAUUGGGAUGAGCUAUAUAUGUCAGAAAUGGAAUUUCAUGUGUGGCAUAAGUUUGGCUGGUUA